AUGGACAUUCCAGAUGCAUUACUCGACAUUGCGACAUUCUCGCUUGUCCUCUUCUAUAUCUUGGUCGAAGAAAGCUUCCACCUACAAGCGACGCACGACAUAAUGCUCUAUGGUCCCAUAAACAUGACUCUCUAUGAUCACUUUACCUUCCCAGGAGCAGUCCCCAAAUCAUUCAUGCCUUCUCUCCUCCUAUCCUUUCUCGCAUCUCCAUCCCUCCUCGCAUACAAACAAUCAUGGAUUUCCAAAUUCGACAUCCAGAUCGUCGUGCGCGUCGUAUUAGGUGGAUUGACUGUCUUGUCACUAGCGAGUAUUCGAGAUGCUGUUAAAGCUAGGUUUGGAAAGGACGUGGCUGCUUGGUAUUCGAUUAUUGGGAUGACAGAGUUUCAUUUACUAUAUUAUGGGAGUCGGACGUUGCCUAAUACGUUCGCGUUUGUUGCUACGAAUUAUGCUUUGGCGUGUUGGAUUUUGGGCGAUGUUGAUGAGGAUGGGCAGUCGAGUAGUGGUAUAAAGGACGCGCCGGGAUCAUCAUCGGCUGCUACAGGAUCAAAGGAUGGUAGUAAGAGUAGUAAUAGCAGUAGUGAGAAGAAGCAGCCAAAACAGGAAACUCCAAAAAGUAAUAGCAAGCCCAAACAACUAACAGAAGGCUUAACGCAAAUGAUACAAAUCUUUUGCUUCACAGCCGCUGUACUACGAGCAGAAAUAUCCGUCUUUGCCGCCUCUAUAAUACUCGUCGAAUGGAUCUUACACCCGUCUAUAAUCUCACAAUCUAUAAUAGUCGGUUACCAAGCUGCUGCAAUGUCUGUCGCAAUGACAGUAUCAGUCGACAUGUAUUUCUGGAACGAACUAUGGAUGUGGCCUGAAGCCAAAUCGUUUAUAUAUAAUGUCGUGUAUGGUAAAUCGUCGAAUUGGGGUGUUGAGCCGUGGCAUGCGUAUUUUAGUAUGCAUCUACCGAAACUGAUGCCUCUUGCUCUGCCUAUAUCGAUAUAUGGGGUUGUCAUUAGUUUUAGCGGUAGCAGUAAUGCCAAGAUACGGAAAUAUCUCAUCCCAGCACUCAUGUACGUAAGCAUGUACUCAAUCCUCCCACACAAGGAGUGGAGGUUCGUCAUCUACGUAAUCCCGUUAUUUAAUAUGGCUGCUUCGGUAUCCCUCGUAUCCAUACUCAAAAGCACAAACAACCAUAGUAGCAAGAUGCUACUCACAGGCAGCAUUCUAGCCGCCCUCCUAUCAACAUUCACAUACUCGCUCCUCCAACUAUACGUAUCAUCGAUGAACUAUCCAGGUGGAAUCGCCCUUGCCCGUCUCCACACCUUGUACCCACCAUCCACACAGUUAUACAUCCAUCUAGACACAUACACAUGCACAACAGGCGCAUCACUCUUCGGACAGCUAAAUAAUGAAUGGAAGUACUCAAAAUAUGAAAAUCAUACGUCGUUGUCCGAGUACGUGGAUUUUGGGUAUACGCAUCUGAUUACGGAGCAUGCGAGUAAUCAUACAACAGGUGGAGAAUGGAAGGUGGUGAGUCAGAUUAAUGGGUAUAGCGGGUUGCGUAUUGGAAGUGUUAGGCAGUGGGUGAGUGAACAAGUUCAGAGGUGGAGGACGAGGGAAUUGGUAUGGAGGCCAUCGGUAUUCAAGUUUUACGUUUUAGAGUUGCCUGUUAAAGUUGUUGUCAGACCGCUGUUGUAUAUACUUGAGCGGACAUAG